GUGGCCUACUGCAAAACCAAGAAACAGAGGAAGAAGAUGCACAAUCACCUGCGGCAGAACAUGUGUGCAGAUCACCCCAACCGGAACCUAGCGAACGGACCCAAUCACCCAGGACCUGGCCCUGAGGAGAUACCCAUGGUAGAUUACAUCUCUAAGAAUGUGCCUGCAACGGAGCGAGUCAUAGGGCAUGUACCAGAGGACUCGUUCCCCGGCAGCCAUGCGUCUUCCAGAUCUCACAACUCCUCUACCCAUGCCCAUUCAUCCACUCACAGACACGAGGAGCGGACAUGGAGCCUGGAGCGGACUGACAGUGUCCUCUCAGACUCACCAGGCAUGAUGUCGUCCUCUGUGGGGACCAGUAGGUGCAACAGUCCUGCGUGCAUGGAGGCCAGGGCCAGGCGUGCCGCACACUGUGGCUCUACUGUGCCCCACCGGCCGGGCCUGCAGUACGAAGACUCGUUCGAUUCGCUGGGGGACUCUCCACACAGCGACAGGUAUGUGUCAGCCCUGACAACGCCGGCCCGCCUCUCUCCAGUGGACUUCUUUUACUCGCUGCCCCCGCAGGUGCCUACCUUCCAGAUCACCUCCCCCAACACCAGCCAGGCCAUGUCCCUGCCGCCCGCCGCCCACACCCCCUACCCUCUGGAGGACGACCAGCCUCUGCUGCGGCGCUACCAGGUGCCCCUGCACGACGUUCAGCGCCAGGAGCCCUACCGGCAGCAGCGCCGCACCUACCUGAACGACAGCACGGGCAGCCUGGCCUCUAGUCCCUACAGGCUGGCUGAGGAAGAAGACUACGAGACCACACAGGAGUACCUCUCCUCCCGUGAACAACCAAAGAAAAGUGGGACCAGCAGCGGUGGUGUUGGGGGUCGGCGCUUGCGGAGGUCCAGACUGAACGGCUACGUAGCACCGAGAGGAUACGAGGCGUCACGGGACUACGGCUCUCGCAGCUGCCUGACGGACAGCGAGUCGGAGGAGGAGGGCGAGAGCACGCCCUUCCUCAGUAUGCAGAAUAUGAACGCGGAGCCCUCCACCAUCUGCAGGCCGGCCAACAGUCGGACUUCUCAGUCACACUCUUCGGGGCGGCACGGUGCACGCGGGACUGUACAGACCAGACAGACGCACUCACGGUCCAAACCGGACAAUGUACCCCAUUAAAGAAAGAAAAUGAGCUACCAACGAAAAUCAAUAUAGUAUAAACCUGCACCUAUACAAAAUAUUUUUAUUUUAUAUAACUGACAGAUAUUCUAAACAAAUGAAAUAUUUAUUUUCAUUUUUAGCAAAAGUUGUCUACUAGUUAACAGCAAAGACUUUUUUAUAGGGAAAACUCUAUUUAUAUGUACAUUUUGAUUUACAGUAUAAAAAGACGUGCCAAUUUUUUCACAACUUCAAAAAUUGAGUAAUAUUGUGGUGCCUUUUGCUGUAUGCCGAUGGCAGAGGGCCAGUGGAAGUUUUUGUAGCCUUUCUUAUAUGGACAUCAUUUUUAUACACGUUUCCUCUUGUUUUCUUUUUUGGGCUUUGUUUUUUUUKUUUUCAGGCUGCGUUCUUCUGGGAGUCUAGCCCCAUUUGAACAUUACCGUUCCCCUUCAACCUCAUGCAAUAUAAACCACUUAAUCAUAAGGUGUAUGUUUACAUGAAUAUAAUUCACCUAUAGGGUUUAUCAUUUUGGGACUCUCCAGUAGAACAUCUGAUCAAUGCAACACAGGUCCUUGCUCUCUGAGUGGGGAGGAGUGUUUGUGUGUGCGUAAGUGCGUGUGCUCGCGUGUUUGUGUGCGUAUGUGUGUGUGUGUGGGGGGGGGAUUUUGUGUACAGCUGUGCUUGUGUGUGUGUGUGAGUGUUAGAUGUCCUAAUGUGUUGUUGUACCAACCAACUGGUUGCUCUAUUGGACUCCAAAGCAACUGUAUCAGUAGAGGAAAGCUGCAGGUGCACAGUGAAGAUCAGCCUGGGUUCCGGAUUGUGCUGCAGUUGGGUAGAGAGUUAUUUUGGGUAAAGAGUUAUUUUGGGUAAAGAGUUCUGUUGGGUAGAGAGUUCUGUUUGGUAGAGAGUUCUGUUGGGUAGAGAGUUCUGCAUGUCAUUGRUUGAUGUGUGUUUACAGCUGCCCCGCCUUUGUUUCCUGGCCCCCUCCAUGUACCAACAGGGUAACGGUUUGUCUCCUGGCCCCCUCCUUCUACCAACAGGGUAAGGUUUGUCUCCUGGCUCCUUACUGGUCCCACCAGGGUAAGGUUUGUCUCCUGGCCCCCUCCUUCUACCAACAGGGUAAGGUUUGUCUCCUGGCUCCUUACUGGUCCCACCAGGGUAAGGUUUGUCUCCUGGUCCCCUCCUUCUACCAACAGGGUAAGGUUUGUCUCCUGGCUCCUUACUGGUCCCACCAGGGUAAGGUUUGUCUCAUGGCCCCCUCCUUCUACCAACAGGGUAAGGUUUGUCUCAUGGUAGCCUCCAACAUCCUGGCUAUCUGUGAUUCUGAAGAAGAAAUGUCGUUGGCCAGUGUCUCAGUUGGUCUGGAGAUAUCCCUGCCAUCAGUGAUAGUGGCUCAAUACAAAGAGACAAAACUAAAAGCAAGAACAUCCCAUAAAUGUAUCUCUUUCUCCCAUCACCCAUGCCUCCUCCUCUUCAUCAUCCUCCUCACCUGUCCAUUGUGUACCUGUGGCCAAAGUAAAGGUCCGCAUAGCAUCUCAGGACUUCCACCCACCCCUCUGCCCCCUCUUCCCCUCUCUCUAUCUCUAUCUCCCUCUCCCUCCACCAACAUAUUUCCCUAAGACUAAGGUCCCCCCAAGGACAUAAACAACACGCAACAUGCUAUGCCUCUGAAUCUCAGUGGAGAACAGAACAGAAUAGAACAGAAUAGAACAGAAUAGAAUAGAGUAGAGCAGAACAUACUAAACCAAUACAAGAGAAAUAGCUGUGAAACUUUGGAGGAUCAUAAAAUGCCAAAAUAUGCAAACUUUCUAUUUUGCUCUGUUUGAUGACGUCAUUUUCUAAGAGGUGACUGUAGUGUGUUGUGUGAAACCUAUGUAAUGCCUAUUGUGCAGAAGAAGUAACAUGAUAUCAAUACAUAUUUAUAUCCAUUCUUAUUUUUCAUGCAGUUAUGCAGCGCUUGCUCAAAUUGUCAAUUUUCCUCAUUCACAGAUUCAUGUCCAUUGACUGAUUGUGUUCAUGAAUUCUUAUCUCACCGAGUCCAGACCAAGCAGACAACACGCAAGUCUACAGUAAUGACUAAUCACUUUAAAGGGUCUCAUUCACUAAUGUUGAGUGCUGCUCAGUCUUGUGGAUAAGGAUAAUAAUGUUGUUUGUUAUGAAGUAUGUCACUAACAGGUUUGGAAGUUAAUUUCAUACCUGUCAAAAAWUUUGGAGUAAAUGGUUCUGACAAUGCAUUUGAAAUGAUCGUUGAUAAUCCUGCAAAACUGGUUAUGUACAUUCUAAAAUAUAACCAAAAAACUGAAAUGACUGUACCAGGACAAAAUCAUCAGAUGAGUCUAGAUCAAAAGUAAACUGAUAAGUAGGAUUUAAAACACAACUGUUAACGGCUGUAAGAUGAAGGCACAUUGAUAAAGACACGUAGACAUCUCACAAAUGGAUUUUCUCUCCUUUCGGUUUCUUACACUCUGAGUGUAAUUUUGUAUGUUUGAAAAAUGCAAAAGAAGACAGUAGUUCUAGUUUAAAUGUGAUAUUUCCCCAACCUUGCCCCCCUCCUCACCCAAUAGAAGUGCUGCCAGGUUCGUCCUGUCAGUUUCUCAUGUUUUUAUUUUUCUUCCCUCGCUUGAAAUGUUUCAACACCUCUCCUCUGCAUGUACUUGUGGUCAAGGUAUAUGGGUGCAUGGUAAAAAGCAGCAGUCAUUUUUUUUUCAGUCAGUGGAAGUGUAUUUCAUUUAACAUUCAGCAAUAAAAAUACCCCCCCAUCUCCAUUCUAGGAAUAUGCUAGAAAAAAAGUACAAAUGCGAGAUUGUCAUAGAUUGUAAAAUAAAAUUUAAAAAAUAAUCCACAAAAUAUAUCUUUAUUCAUAUCAUUUUAACAUAAAGUGGUCAUCUCUGUGCAGGA